AUGAGCCGCGAGCAAACAAAGGCGGCCUAUUAUAUCCAACAGUUGGAUGAGGCGCGAUGCCAGGGCAAUUGGGAUGCAGUGCCUGAGCUGGUGAGGAAGGUUAAGAAACAUGCGCCUAACCGGACCUGCCUCGCAUUAACCGCCGAAUCCGAAUAUGCCUUGAGGCAAGCGUUGUUCAAUCAAUCCAGCUCCUCUCGCCCCACCGCCACAAGGCCUUCGAGUGCAGCAGCGACUCAACCGGCGGCUAUUUCCCGAUAUAUUCCCCCGUUAUUAGAUGCCAUAGAGCGAGAGCAGACUUUUGGUGAGGAUCAGUUCCAGGCGGCAGUAUGCCUCGGGUGGAUACAUUGGGAGCUGGGUGAGCCUGCCCUCGCUGCGUCUAGGCUUCCCAAGAAUAUAGAGGAGAAAUUUUCGGAGCUGGAUGGCAUCAAUGAAAGCUCAGCAGGAUGGACCAGAAUAUGUGCGGUGAAAGCUACAUACAUAAAGGGUAUGUCACAAAUACAGGCAGGGGCUUCUGCUGAAGCGUUGGAAACCUUUGACUCUGCUUUGCCAAUUCUGCCAACUACAACAUCUACGCCACCUGGCAAGGAGCUGCGCUUCUGGGAGGAACUUUUUCUAGCUGAAUUUUGCAUGAUUUCGAGCCAUGCAAUCAAGUCCAAGGUAACCCCGUCACUGGAAGCAGAGACGCUCUCUGCCUUUCGCGCUUGGGCCCAAUUUUGGGACGCCCAAUCUCCAGCAGCUACAGGUGGUCAUGCAGUCCAAGCAGAUGCUCCUCGACGACGCGUAUGGAAAGAAUACUAUAUGGUACUUUCACAUCUCUUGCAACAAGAACUGCCAUAUCCAACAACACCUUUAGCUGUUACCUACGCUGAGUCCUCGGCCAGAUUGCAGCAACACACAGAGUUAAAACGGGUCGAGGCGAGAUAUGAGGCCCUUCUCCUAAGUGAGGUCCAAUUCCCAAGAGCAGACCAGGCCAGUGAAGAGGUUGAAGCUUUCGUGGAAAUGGUCAUGCAGAAUUGGCACGUUCUCUGUGGCGGUAGCUGGAAAGAGCAGGAUUUGGGUGAGGGGGGGUUAGAGGGUGUUAGCAGAGGCGUUCUUGAUAUUCUUUAUCGGGCUGCGACUAAGACUUUCCAUUCGACGGCAAUACUCAGGCAUCUAUUUGCAGCCCACUUAGCAAUAGCUGAAGUCGAGUUAGCGCUCAAAGCAUUCGAUACCUAUUUGGAUAUUGUUAAGAAGGGCAAGGCGCGGAUAGAGAAAACCGGGCAAUCAGAGCAUAGCCUAGAUGAUGAUGAGACAGUGCUUAGGACAGUUUCUGAAUGCAUCAAAGCCCUUUGCCGUUACAGACCGCGCCAAGGAGCAGAGAGAGCGAGGGAACUGGGGCAGUACUUGACAGAUUGGCUUGAUAAGCGCCGUCCGUUUGAGCAACAUAAUGGCAAUGGUCGAAGUCUUGCGAAUGGACUUUCAGGAAACCCGAACACUAUAAUUGCUCCAAGGGUAUUCGCUAUAGUCUGGCGUUGCAUUGGGCUGAGCCAUGCUCAAUGGGCACAAGAAACGCGUGACGCAUCAGCUAGAGAGGACAUUCAACUUCAGGCAAUCACAUGCUUCCGCAAAGCUCUUUCUCCAGAGUACGAGAGUUCCACAGACGUGGAGACUUUGUUCGCUUUAGCAACCAUCCUUGCUGAACGCAGGGAACUAGGCCCAGCUAUUGAGGUUUUAAAGGUUGGGCUAUUGCCACCUCGGCCAUGUACGCCUAUCUCUUCCCACGCGUCGGGUCUCUCGUAUGGAUUAAGACCAUAUCCCGGGCGUUUCGCGAGAGAGAAAUCAUUGAUACCUUUAUGGCAUCUCAUGGCCUUGUUGCUCAGUGCGCGGCAGGACUUUGCUACUGCAGUAAGGUCAUGUGAAGGGGCCUUUGAGCAAUUCCAGGACCCUAAAUAUCUUUUUGGAGAACAGCAGCUCAAUAGGACCUACCGAAGCGACCAUUUGAGUGCCAAUAUUACCCCCCAGGACUCGGGAAUUGUCGAUGACAUGAACGAUUUCGAAAAGGUCUGCGUGCUCGAGGUCAAAAUGACACAGUUAACGCUUAUUGAGGUGCUCGAAGGACCUGAAGUAGCAGUCAAUGCAAGUGAUGAACUCUUGAGCCUCUACGCAAGACUUUUUGGCGACGUACAUGAGGAAUCAUCUCCUGUGAGGGCAGUUGGAGGUAGUCUGCCCCCUAAAAGCUCUUCGGGUACCGUCAAAACAAUUAAAGGCAGUAUAUUUGGAAGAACCGGUCGGUCCACUCAGAAAUCAAACUCACUCGGAACCACUCUCACCGAAAAGGCCAAUGCUCCGCGCCCUCAAACUGCACAGACGAUAGCAAGUACAGCAGCCCCUACUAUCCAAGUCACAGAGGAAAGGAUACCUGUAGACAAGCAAACCAAAAAUUCAAAAAAAGGCGUGCACCACCACGAGAAAUUACACAAACGCGGUGAUAGCGUUUCCAGGAAAAAUAGUACUAGUGCCCGAAACAGAAGCAGUAGCACCGGUCCAAGAUGGAAUCUUGGAGCGGCAGAUACUACAGUGGGGCCUAUUGCAACCAUGGCAGAGGUUGCUAAAGGCACAGAUAACGGAGAUGAACUGUUUAGUGGUGAGCAUGGCCAAGUGGGCUUGGCUCUGACUUCCGAUUCCUCUGCGCAGCCGCUGCCGGCCCGAUCCCAUCAAAUGUUGGACCAGGAACCUGCUUUCAAGGCCGCACAUCUCGACCCCAGGGUUGCGCGGGGUAGGAGACUUCUACAGGCAUCACCUUAUUCGACUUCGACAGCCCCAGUAAUGCGAUUUCCAAAGGACCAAGAAAGACGCAGUAGGAAAGCAAUCCUACUUAAAGUUUGGCUAUUUAUCGGUGGUUUCUACCGACGAGCAUCGAUGUUCGAUGAUGCUAAAGGCGCUAUCGAAGAAGCCCAGAACUUAGUUGAAACGUUAGAAAUCGAAGUUUCUAAAGAACUAAAGGGUAACCCUCAUAUACAGCAUUCAAGUUGGGGUUGUGGAAAAAGUGUUGGUGAAUUGUGGAGCGAUGUUUUUGUAGAGCGUGGAUCCAUUGCAGUCGCUGAAUCUUCUCCUUACACUGGCCUGGAAUACUUUGAAUCUGCACUUACGAGCUUCGCGGACCACCCCUUGGCGAUAGUUGGUCUAUCGAGUUUACUUCUCGACAUCUAUACUGAAGAUCUACUUCCCCCAACCCCAGUACCACCGCUUACUGCGCCUAAUGGCCACCAAAUCCCUUCAGCAUCAACGCUAGCUCCCAUGGUUGCGUCUCCAUCUCGAAAAAUUCCGUAUCAUUCACGCACGACCCCGUCAUCCUCCUCACCCCUUACUCCUCAGCGGCCACUUGGUUUACCUUCACCAACGUCUGCUAUUAAUUUUCCCAAAAUUCGACCACCCCCUAUCUGUCCAGAGCCUUUUGACGAAGAAUCAACUCCUAAAGAAUCAUCUACGGUUCUCUUAGAUCGACUAGCUGCAAGAGAUAGGGCUUAUGGUCUUCUCACCAGAUUGACGAAGCUUGGGUCAGGAUGGAACCUUAGCGAAGCUUGGUUUGCGCUGGCUAGGGCUUAUGAGGAAGGUGGGCAACCUGAGAAGGCCAGGCAAGCAUUAUGGUGGUGUGUAGAGCUCGAGGAGGGCAGAGCCGUGAGAGAUUGGAGUGUGGUUGGGGGCGGCAGAUAUGUUCUGUGA